CGCCGGGAGCCUCCGGAGCCGGGAGCCGGGAGCCGCAGGUCUGUGUGGCCGGGACGCAGAGGGCGCAGGCGACGGCGGGGACCCUCCGCGGCCAGCCAUGUCGGUGCAGGUGGCGUCGCCGGGAAGCGCGGGGCUGGGCCCCGAGCGCCUGACCCCGGAGGAUCUGGUGCGGCAGACGCGGCAGGUGGUGCAGGGGCUGGAGGCGCUGCGGGCGGAGCACCGCGGCCUGGCCGGGCACCUGGCCGAGCGGGCGGCCCUGGGCCCCGGAGGCCCCGAGCUGCUGGAAGAGAAGCAGCAGGUGGUAGAGCGGUCGCUGGAGGCCAUCGAGCUGGGGCUGGGCGAGGCUCAGGUCCUGCUGGCCCUGUCAGCCCACGUUGGCGUGCUGGAGGCCGAGAAGCAGAGGCUGCGGGCACAGGCGCGGAGGCUGGCGCAGGAGAACGCGUGGCUGCGGGAGGAGCUGGAGGAGACGCAGCGGCGGUUGCGGGCCAGCGAGGAGGCUGUGGCGCAGCUGGAGGAGGAGAAGAACCACCUCCAGUUCCUGGGGCAGCUGCGGCAGUAUGACCCACCCGAGGACAGCCAGAGGCCCGAGUCCCCACCUCGCCGAGACAGCCUGGCCUCCCUGUUCCCCAGUGAGGAGGAAGAGCGGAAAGGUCCUGAGGCAGCAGGGGCAGCCGCGGCCCAGCAGGGGGGCUAUGAGAUCCCUGCGCGCCUGCGCACGCUGCACAACCUGGUGAUCCAGUACGCAGGCCAGGGCCGCUACGAGGUGGCCGUGCCCCUGUGCCGCCAGGCCCUGGAGGACCUGGAGCGCAGCUCGGGCCACUGCCACCCGGACGUGGCCACCAUGCUCAACAUCCUGGCGCUGGUGUACCGGGACCAGAACAAAUACAAAGAGGCCACAGAGCUCCUCCACGAUGCCCUGCACAUCCGGGAGCAGACGCUGGGCGCUGAGCACCCCGCGGUGGCUGCCACCCUCAACAACCUGGCUGUCUUGUACGGGAAGCGUGGCCGUUACCGUGAGGCCGAGCCCCUGUGCCAGCGCGCCCUGGAGAUCCGGGAGAAGGUCCUGGGCGCAGACCACCCGGACGUGGCCAAGCAGCUCAACAACCUGGCGCUGCUGUGCCAGAACCAGGGCAAGUUCGAGGACGUGGAGCGGCACUAUGCCCGGGCCCUGAGUAUCUACGAGGCCCUGGGGGGCCCCCAUGACCCCAACGUGGCCAAGACCAAGAACAACCUGGCCUCCGCCUACCUGAAGCAGAGCAAGUAUGAGCAGGCCGAGGCGCUGUACAAGGAGAUCCUGGGCCCGGAAGGCUUGCCGGCCGCCCUGGGAGCCCCUGGCACAGGCACAGCUGGUGAUGCGGAGCAGCAGGUCAUCCAUCGGAGCAGCUCCUUCUCUAAGCUCCGGGAGUCCAUCAAGCGCGGGAGUGAGAAGCUGGUCUCCCGCCUCCGCGGGGAUGGCAUGGCAGGCAUGGCCGGGAUGAAGAGGGCCAUGUCGCUCAGCACGCUCAAUGUGGACGGUCCGAGGGCCUCCAGGACGCAGCUCCCUGCCCGGCACCUGAGCGCCAGCAUCCAGGACCUGAGCCCGCGCUAGGCGGACAGCACGACAGCUGCGACGGCCCGGAGAGUUGGGGGGCAGAGGCUGGUGAUUAAAGGCUGCGAUCCCAC